CAGCCCGGGUUGCCUCUGCUUUUCCCCCGUCACGUGAGCAGAAGCCGCCGCGGCCGUCGCAAUGCUCGCCUCCCGCCAGACGCAGUAUGAGGAAGUCGGCGAGAGGCGCCCUCGUCCCGUUGCCAUCGCGCUGCACAGGCGGAGAGAAGCGAGCGUCGUGCGUUGGAGGCGUUUUUGGCAGCAGCGGCAGCAGCAGCAAGAGGAGGAGGAACGGCCGCCCGUCCGCAGCCGGCGAGCCAGGUCGCUUUGCGUGAGGAGGCGGCGGCGGCGAGGAACCCCGCGGCGGUGUCGGGAGGCCAAGCGAGCGGGAGCAGAAGCAGGAGCCCCCAAUGGAGGAAGAGGAGAAGAUGGUGGGCGCCGCCGCCGCCGCCGCCGUGGUUGGCGAGGAAUGGCAAGGUGUGGCGCAAAGGAGAAAAGCCUGGGCUAAAAGCAGGGAUUCCUGGCAAGCGUCGGAGGCCGAGCGCCUGUCUCCAGAGCCGGCGGAUCUGGCCGCGGAACAAGAGCUGUGCGGUGCCAAGUUGCCCAUGACGGCGGAAGGAGGCGCUAUUCCCAAUGAAAAGAUUGCAAUAUGGCUUAAAGAUUGUAGAACACCAUUGGGAGCUUCCUUGGAUGAGCAGAGCAACCCAGCAUUAAAAGGCAUGCUGGUGAGGAAUGGAGGAAGCUUUGAAGAUGAUUUGUCUCUGGGAGCAGAAGCUAACCAACUGCAUCAAACCAUUGAACAAAUGGAGAUCUGCAACAGUAUAUUGGCAAAAGACAAGAGGCUUCAGUUUCAUCAAAGGGGGAGAAGUAUGAAUUCCACUGGCUCAGGAAAAAGCAGUGCAACUGUUUCUAGUGUGUCUGAACUACUGGAACUCUAUGAGGAAGAUCCUGAAGAGGUUCUCUAUAAUCUUGGAUUCGGACGUGAUGAACCAGAUAUUGCUUCUAAAAUUCCAUCAAGGUUUUUUAAUUCAUCAUCUUUUGCAAGGGGCAUAGAUAUCAAAGUGUUUCUGAGUGCACAACUGCAGCGGAUGGAAGUGGAAAAUCCCAAUUUUGCUUUGACAAGUCGCUUUCGUCAAAUCGAAGUGCUUACUACUGUGGCCAAUGCAUUCUCUUCCUUGUACUCUCAAGUUUCUGGCACUCCCAUGCAGAAAAUUGGGAGCAUGAAUUCAGUAUCUUCCAAUAAAGAGGCAUCCAGCCCACCUCCUCUGACACGAAGUAACACAGCCAAUCGUUUGAUGAAGACCCUGUCUAAGCUCAAUCUUUACGGAAACCCUCAAGCAGGGGAUAGCGGCAGUGGUAUGUCCACCGAGAAGGGCAAAUGUGAAAGUGGGAGUGAAGAACCAGAAGUGAAAAACGAAGUCAAAACUCCAAAGCACUUCAAAGCAUCUUUGUUGGCAACAGUAAAAGAAGAAGCCCCUUACAACCAGUCCAGCCUGUUAGGAGCUCUGGAUUCUUCAGAACUUUGUCCUAGUGUUCAACAAGAAACUCAAGGUUAUUCUAUUUCUUACGAAGAUCAGCAAAAUAACAACUCUUUUGGACAUACAGGUGGAUUUCAUGAAAAGAUUGCUGCUAUGAACUCUUCUAAUCUCACGGGUGAUACUCUGGAAUCGACCAGUUCUGAACAUAAAGAUGUCAGGGCAAUUCAAAUGCCUGCAACUUCAGUGGCUGAUAAAGAGGCCUCUGUUCUGCUAACCAUUCCCUCGAUUGCCAGCCUCAUGCUUCAGCAGAAGGACUCCUUUGAGAUGGAGGAGAUUCAAAGUACAGAGGGAGAGAUUCCACACGCUCUUAAUGCAAGUCAGCGGGCUUUAAACAGAACAAAAAAAGAUCAGCUCUUACGAUCAGCAAGUCAGCAUUCCGACAGCAGCGGCUUUGCAGAAGAUUCUUCCACCGACUGCUUCUUGCUCAAUCAACUGCAGGGUCACGACUCACUGCAGGCCAUGGGAAGCAGUGCCGAUAGCUGUGACAGUGAGAAAACAGUGACAUCCUACAGCGAAGAACUCAAGACGCCAGUGGCUGAACCAGUGUGCUCUUUCAGUGAGCUGGAUGAGGAGAAUUUCCUCCUCUUGGAAAUGGAGCAGCGGGAGAAAGAGGAAGUAGCUGAGGUGGAUGUAAGAGGAGGCCAGGACACGUUAGAACGCCAAGACGGGCUUUCUUCAAAUGGCAAAAAGGAAGAGCUUGACGGAGAAAGCUUAGAAAGGAGAAACGAAGUCGCUCCAGUCCGCGAAGCAGAACUGGAAACAUUGGACGAAAGCAGUGAAGAGAGUGAUGUGGAGAAGAGCAGUGAAUGCGAGUUCCCGCCCUAUAAAACUCACCACAUUCUCAAAUCAAUGUCAUCUCUAGACAGUAGCUGUUCCUCUCCUUCUUCUGUGGAGCGGGUGAAUAUUGCUUUACAGAGAGCCCAGAGAAAGGACAGCGGGUCUUCCAGUCCCAGAACAGAUCGCCCCCUGCUCAAAUCAAAGGACCUUCUUUUUAAGAAGAGGCAUCCGGUCUCAGAACUGGGUUAUCCCCUGAGACGCUCCCAGUCCCUCCCAACCACGCUUCUCAACCCAGUGCGAGUUGUCUCCUCGGUGAAUCUCCAGCUAAACCCAGGCAAGCAAAUGCAGUGUGGCCCUCCUUCUUUCACGUAUCUCUACGACACAGAGGAUGAUCCCGGGAAAGAAAAGACCCCAGAAGAAACGUCCUCUGGAGACACUGACAAGAGCUCUUCUCCUUUAUGUAAAUCCACCCUCCACAUUGCUCCGUCAGCCACGAGGAAGGAACCUUCCCAGCCUGUUGGAAACAAGGGGCAGGAUGAGUUCCUUCGUAGCAGAAUCCAGAGCUGCCCUUUGCACCUCCCGCCAUGCAUGUCUCAAUCUUCAUGCUCUCUGCAUUCUCUCCACUCUGACCUUCCAGACCAGCACUUCCAUGGCCAGACAAGGACAUUUAGUACACACAGCAUCCCAAGCACCCCUGGUUCUUCCUGUGGGGGAUUGGUCUCCCCUUUUGGCUGCCCUCAUAUGUUGAGGCACAUUGGACAUCCCCACCGGUUUCCUUCCACAAACCCUCCCUCCACUGUUGAAAUGCAACUGAGACGAGUCUUGCAUGAAAUCAGGAACUCCUUGCAAAACCUCUCCCAGAACACUACGAUGAGAACUCAUGACUUCACUGGAGCCUCUUACAGCACUCAGAAAUCAUCCAUUCUACCUCUCUAUGAAAAUACAUUCCAGGAUCUUCAAGUGGUGAGAAGGAACCUAAACAUCUUUAGAACUCAAAUGAUGGAUUUAGAAUUGGCCAUGUUGCGCCAGCAGACUGCUGUUUAUCAACACAUGACCGAAGAAGAGAGGUAUGAAGCUGACCAGCUCCAGACUCUGAGGAAAUCAGUUCGAAUGGAACUUCAGGAGUUAGAAAUGCAAUUGGAGGAACGGCUGCUUGCUCUUGAAGAGCAGCUUAGGAGCAUACAUGAGUCAUCACCUUACAGACCACAAACCUUCAUGGGAAUGUAUGGAAGCAGAAGCAUUGAUAAUUUGUCAUGUUCUUCUCCGUUGAAUGUGAUGGAGCCAGUUUCUGAACUCAUUCGAGAGCAGUCGUCUCUGAAAUCAGAAUUGGGGUUAGGCGAACCCGGCAUGCACACACCUCCUCCCGAAGGCUCGGAAUCUAUAUUUGAACACUGCACACAUUCUGAUUCCUCUUCGGUGUGUUCUAGUCAAGCCAGUCGAAAAGCCCAUGGAUGGUCAUCUGAAAAGUGCAGACCACCCACUCAAAAAGUCUACCGGGCAAGUGUAGCCUUGAUGCCCGCUCCCCCGGCAAGAGCAGGAAUCGGGCAGGAGGAGCCCUGGACAUCCAAGUCCACUGCGGAGCAUAAACUUGAAAAGUUACCCUCUGGGCCUACGAGUGAGGAAGUGUCCAAGAGUGUGGAGAACGAGGAACUGCAGCAAGUCAUUCGAGAGAUCAAGGAGUCCAUUGUUGGUGAAAUCAGACGGGAAAUUGUAAGUGGGCUGUUAGCAGCUGUUUCUGCCCCAGGCCUAUCAGCUAAUUCUAAACAAGAGUCCCAGCCAUGAAUCGGUACUACAGGGUUUAGCAUGUGAUCCAGAGGACCUUAUGGAUGUCUACUUUUGGGACAUGUGGACGGAUGCAUCUGCCUGCUCUCCUGAUGCCAGAGGAGGCUGCUAGUUGUAUGCAGCAAUGACUUGAGCUCUGCAUGUCUUCCCAUUUCAGGUCUAUGUGCUAAGAUCAAGGCACUUUUCACCUUACUGAUGUGCGUGAAUGAUCAAGAGAAUUGUGAUUAUCUUGCAGGCCUUAAUAUUUAUUUGUGUGUUCCUCUUAAGACUUGAAGAUUUCUGGACCUUCCCUGGUUAUAAAUAGCCUAGGAUUGUUAUAGAUUCAAACAACAACAACAACAACAACAACAACAACAAAAAUCCCCACUGACCUCUGUGAGGUAUUUAACUGUGCAAUAAUUGUUUCACUUUGAAAGCUUGGAGUAAUCGUUUCCACUGCUGUGGAACUCAAGUGCCACUUAAAAAAAAGAGAAGACGUUGUACAAAGGAAUGCUUGGGAGAAGCUGUCAUUUGUGGAGAGUUUAGAAAAUUACACAAAUUUACUUAAAACUACUACAGAUGCGUACACUGAAAGCCUGAUCUUUGUAAAGUAGAUAACUUUUUUUUUUAAAAAAAAGAUUUAUAUAUUUUUCUGCUUUCUUUAUCCUUCCCUUUUUUCUUGGGAUAUUGUUUUUUGUUUUUGUUUUACUUAAUGUAUGAACUACUCUGCAAUUAUAUUGAGAAGUGAUUUUUAGCCAUUUCCUCUGCCUAUUAAAGCAAGUCUGGAAAAAAAAAACACUAGUUUAAAAGGCAAAGCAAGUGGCAUAUAACAACAUGGGCUUAGCAUUAGUCUGCUGUUAUGGGGAAAUUUUUCAUUCUUUUUUUCUACAGCCUAAAGAAAAUGACAUUCACCACAGCCAAUAAAAAUGGAAGCAGGUGUUAUUCCUAAUAUAUAGUUUAAUACAGUAAUGCUCAAAAGUUGGAAUAUAGCCAUGUCUUAAAUGCUAAUCAACUACCUUACAUGUUUUUUAAAAAAAUGUUUUCAGCUAACAAAAUUAAGAUUCUGUUAAAUAAUCAGUGACUCAUAAAAAUGUAACAAUAUUGGGAGAAGUAUGUCAGAAAACUGCGUUGGGCAUAUAUACCCAAGGGCUAAAUCCUUUUUAAAAAGGCUAUCGUGUCAAUAAAAAUAUUUAUUUUGCCUAAA